UAAAUUGUCCAAGUUAUUUAUGUAAAUUUAACGCAUUGACUGUUUGCUUAAGAGAGCACUUGUUCACUAAUUUUUGUAUAAAAGUAUGGUUGACAUUUCGUCAACCGUUGUGCCAAAAAAUCGAAGAUGUACGUUAGAGAGAAUAGAAAAGUUCAUUUCAAAUCAUUAUUUUACCGAUGUCAAUAUAUUUGGCAGGUUAAAUCGCUCAAGUGAAAACAUUGAAAACAUUCUACAUUAUGGACCAACUGACAGAAUACCAAUAUCAGCAGCUAUUCAAGAUUUAUCAGCUUUCAAACCUGUUAAAACUGGAGAUUCUUUUGGACCUACUUUCAGCACCCAUUGGUUCAUCCUUUCUUUUGAGGUCCUGUCAUCCUGGAAAGAUGAAGAUGUUGAGCUGGAGUGGGACUCUGGAUGCGAGGCAAUGCUGUGGAGAGAUGAGGUCCCUGUCUUCAGUUUCACUCCUCGGGAGGAUGAAGGAUGUAGGAAGAGUUAUAGAUUAUCAAAAGAAGAGAAAGAACAAAAAAGGUUACAAUAUGUGGUGGAAAUGGCUUGCAAUCGUGAACUUGGGGAAGGCAGUCCCACCAUGAUAAGCCCCCCUGAUAUGAACAAGAAGUUUUCUCUCAAUAAAGUGAGAAUCAACGUGAAAAAUAAAGACUUAGAAGCAAUUUUUCUUGACCUGCAAGUACUCUAUGAUAUUACUAAGACACUUGGUGAGAACAACCAGCGAGGUAUUGAAGCGAUGUUUGUUGGAAACCAAAUCAUAAACACCCUAGUGACGCAGGAUUGGUCAGAUCAUGCUGUGAAGGAAUCACAUGAUUUAUCAAAAUCAUAUUUUAGUGAAAGGAAUCAUAAACUUCAACAUCACGUGCACGCCAUGGGACAUUGCCAUAUUGACUGUGCAUGGUUAUGGCCAUACAGUGAAACAAGAAGAAAAUGUGCCAGAAGUUGGGUGUCUGUGUUGAAUAUAAUGAAGAGAUAUCCUGAUUUUACCUUUGUGUGUUCCCAGGCACAGCAAUUUGCUUGGGUUAAAUCAGAUUACCCACAACUGUUUGAAGAAAUUAAGUCCCAAGUUAAGAAUGGGAGGUUUAUUCCUGUUGGCGGAACGUGGGUGGAAAUGGAUGGUAACCUUCCAAGUGGUGAGUCAAUGAUGAUGCAGUUCUUCUACGGACAAAAGUUUUUCCGAGAAGAAUUUGGGAUAACGUGUGACGAGUUUUGGUUGCCCGACACUUUUGGUUAUUCCGGAAAUUUUCCGCAAAUCAUGAAAGAAAGUGGAAUCGAUUGUUUCUUAACGCAAAAGUUGUCGUGGAAUUUGGUCAACAAGUUCCCUCAUCACACUUUCUAUUGGCAAGGAAUUGAUGGAAGCAGACAACUGACCCAUUUUCCACCCGGGGAAUCAUAUGGGAUGUCUAUGAAAGCUGAAGAGUUAAUGAAAACAUUAACCAACCAUAAAGACAAGGGGAGAUCAGAUUCAUCAAUAUUUCUAUUUGGGUUUGGUGAUGGUGGUGGUGGACCAAAUGACUUCAUGCUUGAACGAUUUGAACGAAUGAGAGACACCGCUGGUUUGCCUCGAGUUGAAAUGUCAACCCCGAAGAAAUUCUUUCAAGAAGUUAAAACAAAAAGCUCUAAUCUUUGCUCAUGGGUUGGAGAAUUAUUUCUGGAGCUUCAUAAUGGAAGUUACACAAGUCAAGCUAUGAUAAAGAAACAGAAUCGCAAGUGUGAGGUGUUGCUUCAUGAUUUACAACUAUUGUGUACAAUGGCUUGGUGCUGUAGUAGGUACAAUGGAAAUAAAUACGAUUACCCACACAAAGAAAUUGAUGAAAUUUGGAAAAAGUUUCUUCUAAACCAGUUUCAUGAUGUGCUGCCCGGAACGUCCAUAGAAAUGGUAACUACAGAUGCUUUGAAGUUGUAUGAUGAAGUAAUUGCAACUGCGGCAAUGCUAAUGAAAAAAGCUAAGGGUAGUUUAGGAUUUGGAGAUCCUGGUGGUGUGUGCCCUGUGGUCAUCAACACAUUGCCAUGGAAACGAAAGGAGGUCAUAAGUGUUAAGAGAGAACUUGCUUAUAUUGAGUGUCAGGCUACUGGGUAUCAGAAGAUCACUAAUUGUAAUUAUACAUCACCUGUGGUUGCACUGGAAAUGGAAAAUGGUGAUAUGGUGUUGAGCAAUGGUUUGAUUGAAUGUAGGUUUGAUAAGUGUGGAAGGAUGGCCAGUUUAUGCAUUAUGACAUCACAAAAUGGUGUUAUAUGUAAACAAGAAUGUGUGGCUAAGGAUAAAUAUGCAAAUCAGUUUGUUAUUUUUGACGAUGUCCCGCUAUACUGGGAUGCAUGGGAUGUUAUGGAUUAUCAUUUACAAACAGGGAAAUAUGUUACGAAACUGGUUGAACCUCUAUGUAUAAGUGGACAGUCCCAGUUACAAGCUUCAUGCAAGUUUUCUUUGUUGGUUGGAAAGAAAAGUAAAAUAACUCAAACCAUAUCACUGGAUGUUGGAUCUCCACUGGUUAAGUUUAAAACUGAGGUAUCAUGGCACGAAGAUCACAAAUUCUUGAAGGUUGAAUUUCCAUUGAAUAUCCACACUAAUCGUGCAACUUAUGAAAUACAAUAUGGCCAUAUUGAACGACCAAACCAUCAAAACACAUCAUGGGACUCUGCCAAGUUUGAGGUAUGGGCGCACAAGUGGGCUGAUCUAUCUCAACAUAAUCUUGGAGUUUCUAUUCUAAAUGAUUCAAAAUAUGGAUAUUCAUGUUUUGGGAAUAUGAUGCGAUUAUCAUUACUUCGUUCACCAAAAUCUCCAGAUGCGAAUACAGAUAUGGGCGAUCAUGUGUUCACAUAUGCAGUCAUGCCACAUAAAGGUACAUUCCAAGAAAGUGAAGUUAUUCAGCAAGCAUAUCAGCUUAACUACCCCAUGCUUGUUGAUUAUACCAGCAGUGGAACACUUGGUUAUAGUUUUGCUAAAGUCUCAAGGAAGGAAAUCAUAUUAGAAAGUUGCAUGAAAAGUCAAAUACAUUCGAAUGCUAUUCUUGUAAGGUUGUAUGAAAGUUAUGGAAGUUCAGUUGAAGAUGUUACAAUAUCUUUCCCAAGUCUUAAAAUUGAAAAAGUUAAUAGGUGCAAUACUUUAGAAGAUCUUAAGGGGGAGGUUAAAGUUAGAGGAAAUUCAUUCACUGCUAAUUUUACUCCUUUCCAAAUAAAAUCCUUUAUUGUGCAUGUUUAAUUAUAUCUGUAAUUAAAAAAAUGCUUUUUUUUUAAUAUUAAUUCAUCUGCCCAAGUGCUACGGCAUUUAAACUAAAUUCUGUAUUGAAUG